GACCAGCAUAAGGACACAUGCGAUGGAGUAGCAGUGGUCGGGAUGUCCUGCCGCGUCGCUGGGAAUGUCAACAAUCCCCAGCAAGUUUGGGACCUUUUACUCUCGCAGAAGGACGGCGUUGGCGAGGUCCCUGCCUCUCGAUGGAAGCCAUACUAUACACGGAACCCUCGACAUCAAGCAAUACUCGACAAAACCAUAAAGUUUGGCUAUUUCCUCAACGGGAUUGAUGAUUUUGACUGUCAGUUCUUUGGAAUCUCACCAAAGGAAGCUGAACAGAUGGAUCCCCAGCAACGGAUCUCACUCGAAGUUGCUAUCGAGGCCCUCCAAGACGCUGGUAUUCCUGCAAAGUCGCUGCGGGGAACGGACACAUCUGUAUUCUGGGGCGUGAACUCGGACGACUAUUCCAAGUUACUCCUGGAGGAUCUAGGCACGAUUGAUGCCUGGAUGGGUAUCGGAACGGCCUACUGCGGCGUCCCAAACCGGAUCUCCUAUCACCUUGAUUUGAAAGGGCCCAGCGUCGCUGUUGAUGCCGCAUGUGCCUCUUCCCUUGUUGCCGUACAUAACGGGGUAUCUGCAAUUCUCAAUCGCGAGUCGAGCAUCGCCAUUGUGGGUGGUGUCAAUGCCCUGUAUGGCCCGGGGCUAACGAUAGUCCUCCAAAAAGCCGGUGCCCUCGCCUCCGAUGGUCGUUGUCGCUCAUUCGAUGAUGGUGCAGAGGGCUACGGGCGUGGGGAGGGCGCAGGGGCUGUGAUUCUGAAAAAUCACGGUCAGGCUGUAAGGGACGGCGAUCAUAUCCUUGGUGUUAUCCGGGGAACCGCCGUAGCCCACGAUGGAAAGAAGAAUGGGAUCAUGGCACCAAAUGCAGCUGCACAGAGUCUCGUUGCAGAUAAUGCGCUUCGUGUUGCCAAUCUUGAUCCUAGUGCUAUUCAGUAUAUUGAAGCCCACGCAACGUCAACGCCGUUGGGUGACCCCACCGAGGUCUCAGCCAUGAGUGCUGUAUAUGGGGGACGUCGAGAUGCCCCCUGCCAUAUUGGGUCUAUCAAACCUAAUAUCGGACAUUUGGAAGCAGGUGCCGGUGUUAUGGGCGUUAUCAAAGCUGUCCUUGCAGUCCAGAAGGGGGUCUUGCCUCCCCAGGCGAACCUGAACACCUUAAAUAAUCGCAUCGACUGGGAGGAAUCUGGCCUAAAAGUUGUCCAAAAGGAGACAGCAUGGCCGGAAUGCGAUGGGCCACGUCGGGCGGCCAUUUGCUCCUAUGGCUAUGGCGGGACAGUCUCCCAUGCUAUACUGGAACAAUAUCAGGAAUUUCAGACUCAUGACCAGGAUAUUCGAGGGCCUGAUAUUAAGGUCCUUAUGAUCUCCGCACCGCAGAAGAAACGACUGCCCAUAAUCGCCAAAUCUCUGCGAACUUGGAUUGCGGCGAAUGGGACAGAGGAGAAUCUGGCGAGCAUCUGUACUACUCUAGCAACUCGACGUGACCACCACGAAACCCGAUUCUCGGCCGUCAUCAAGAGUAUUCCAGAAGCUCUUGGAUCCCUUGAUUCCUUGUCCAAAGGAGGGAGCCCAGGCAAGUGGGCGUGCGAAAAUCGCUGCUUGCCUACCAACCUUAGCAAGGAGGUCGUCUGGGUAUUCUCAGGGCAUGGAGCUCAGUGGAUGGACAUGGGCAAAGAAAUGCUCAGCAAUUCGGUAUUCUGCAAUGCAAUUAGCCCACUAGACGAGAUUGUACAGAGGGAGAUAAACUCGUCGCCUAUUCAGUGGCUGUGUGAUGGCGAUUUCGAGUGCACCGACAGGAUUCAGAUCCUAACAUAUAUCAUGCAGAUAGGCAUCGCUGCUGUUCUAAAAUCGAACGGUCUCUUACCAAAUGCGAUAAUAGGUCAUUCCGUCGGUGAAAUUGCUGCCAGCGUUGUCGCAGGCGCACUCUCGCCUGUGGAGGGGGCAUUGGUCGUUACUCGGCGGGCUGUUCUAUACCGUCAAUUUAUGGGCCAGGGUGCGAUGGCGCUCGUUAACAAGUCUUCCACCGAUGUCAGCCAGGAUCUUAAAGGCCGGUCAGAUUUGACUGUUGCGAUUAGCUCGUCGCCUUCAUCCUGCGUUAUUGCGGGGCUGAAGGACAAGGUUGCCCUGCUUGCCGAUACGUAUAGAGAACAGGGAAUUAAGGCAUCCUUUGUGAAAACCGACGUUGCAUUCCACAGUCCUAUGAUGGUCCCGCUGGGAAAGCCGCUGGUGGCUUCAAUCAAGGAUACAUUACACCCGAAACGCCCCUCCGUGAAGUUGUAUUCAACAUCGCUCCCCAAUUCCCGUGAUCAGGCCCUUCGUGAUGCCGAAUACUGGACAAACAACAUGAUCAGCCCGGUGCGGCUUACAGAGACAAUAAUAUGUGCCAUCGAGGACGGCUACCGGGUCUUCCUCGAGGUAUCAAGUCACCCUAUCGUAUCCCACUCGAUCACCGAGACGGUGAUGGAGACGGGAGUUGAAGACUUCUCAGUGGUUUCAACAAUGAGACGCGAUGAUCCUGCCGAUAUCAGCAUUUUACAUGCCCUUGGCCAACUGCAUUGCGCCGGAGUUGAUGUUGACUGGAGAAUGCAGAUGCCAGGUCCUUGGGCCCAGGGACUACCGACAGAGGCAUGGCACCAUCAAACCCUGCUACCGAAGCUCUCCUCUUCUCCAGGAGCCAUAGAAACCCACAAUCCAAUCCAGCAUACGCUCGUCGGGCACCAUAUUCCAGUGGCGGGCACAGACACCGUAGUAUACAGCACGUUUCUAGAAAAAGAAUCGAAGCCCUUCCCUGGAGACCACCCUGUUUCGGGAACAGAAAUAAUCCCUGCUGCCUGUCUGCUCAAUACCUUUCUGCAGGCUACGCGGAGUACCCGACUCGAGCAGGUGAAUCUGAAAGUGCCCGUGGCCGUUGAUGUUGCACGAUCGGUGCAGGUCGUCGUGCAGGGCCGCGAGGUGAAGAUUAUGUCUCAGCUCAGCAAUAUGGAUAAUGAGGCCGGUCAUGACGCUUCGUGGCUUACACACACCACUGCGUGCUGCAGCGGCAGCUCAACCUCUACCCCUUAUGAGAAGGUUGACUUGAGCUGUAGUGCCAUGAAACGGCAAGUCGGUAGCUUUACUAUCGACUACUUAGCAAGCGUUGGAGUAUCUGCGAUGGGCUUCCCCUGGAAAGUCCUAGAUCAUUAUGGCGACUCGCAGGAGAUGCUGGCUCGAGUGGACGUUGCCCCGGGGGUCGACAUACCGGACUGGGACGCAUCAUCAUGGGCACCGUUCCUAGAUGCUGCAACUUCGAUAGGGUCGUGCAUCUUUUAUGAUGAAGCUCGUCUACGGAUGCCAUCGAAGAUCCAGCAACUGGAGAUCUGUACAGCGUGUAAUCCACCUAAGCUUGGCUGGGUUCACGUUCGCAGAGACCCCGGUCCUGAGAGCCGUGCGGAUGUUAUGGUUCUUGAUGAGCAAGGCGUGGUGCUCACAAGGUUAAGUGGAAUGCAGUUCUCUGAAAUCGAAGCUGUCUCCGGUUCUACCACAUCGAUUGGUAGUCUAGUUCAUAGACUUGCGUGGCCACCAGCCCUACCUGCAGAAGACCCUUUCAAGAUCAGCCAGGUCGUCUUGGUUGGCAGAAAUCAGUUGUUGAUGCAGGAAUACGCCUCCUCUCUUCCUGCCCACGUUCAUUCAUUGCAGUUCUCCCGGUGUGAUGAGCUUCAGUCUUUGCCUGGCGAUGCUCUGAACGAGGGUACGGUGAUUGCUUAUAUUCCUCCAAGAAUUUCGUCCCUUGGAGACGUCCUUGAAGAGACCGAGAAACAAACCUUGGAGCUGCUCGAAAUCAUAAAAUAUGCCGUGCAUUCUGGAUUACCGCUGAAGGUGUUUGUGCUGACGACAGAUGCCAUCAAGGGCCAUUGCCCAACAGCGCUUGCCAAUGCUCCCCUUGUAGGGCUGAGCAGGGUAAUUGCCAGCGAGCAUCCUGAACACUUCGGGGGUCUUAUUGAUGGCGAGGGCUUCUCCGUCCCUCUAACGGCAAUGAAAUAUAUCCAGGGAGAAGACGUGAUCCGCAUUCAAGAUGGGAUACCACGGACCGGAAGACUGCGCUCGUUGGCAUUAGAAGCACGAACACAAGAGGCAACUCGCUGCCUCCCUCGUCCUGAGGGAACGUACCUUAUCACUGGCGGCUUGGGAGAUCUAGGCCUUGCGACCGCUGAGUUCCUGGCGGAAAAUGGGGCUCGUCGUCUGGUUCUGCUGUCUCGUCGCUCUCUUCCUCCGCGAUCAACCUGGAGUCAGGCUCAUGAAGAAUAUAAGCAGGUCAUAGCGAGGAUCCAGGAACUAGAGAGGUUGGGCGUUUCGGUUCACACCCUCGCUAUUGAUAUAGGGGAACAGGAUGCCGCCACGAAGCUCCAGGACUCUCUAAAUAAGCUAGGUCUCCCACCAGUUCUCGGUGUCGUUCAUGCAGCCGGUAUAGUAGAAAACGAGUUGGUCCUCAAUAGCACCAAAGCCGCUUUCCGCAGAGUCUUCAGCCCCAAGGUCAACGGCGCUCUUGCUUUGCAUGAAGCAUUCCCAGCAGGGUCUCUGGAUUUCUUCGUCCUGUACUCGUCGUGCGGACAGCUCCUAGGGUUCCAGGGUCAAGCCUCGUAUGGCAGUGCCAACGCAUUCCUCGAUACUCUGGCGACAUACCGUCAAAGUCUAGGGGAUAAUACAAUUUCGUUCCAGUGGACGUCCUGGCGUGGAAUGGGGCUGGGGAGUGAUUCUGACUUUGUUGCUGCGGAAUUGGAAGCGAAGGGCGUUACAGAUAUCACACGCCAUGAGGCAUUCCAAGCCUGGAUGCAUCUUGCACAGUUUGACAUGGACCACGGUGUUGUUCUCCGUACGCGCACCCUUCGUCCUGACGAGCCCGUGCCUUGCCCUGUUAUUCGGGAUAUAGUGACUCGCUCGGCGCCUAAUAGGAAUAUUGAUGGUCAGGCAGCUUCAAAAGAUGGAGCUGAAACCCCUACCACUAUCCCCACUUCUGGACCUGAACUGAAGGCGUACCUCGACGAGCAUAUCCGCUCAUGUGUUGCUGAAGUGCUCCAGACAACAGCCAGCGAUGUAGACUCCCGAGCAGCAAUGAGCGACUACGGGCUGGAUUCCGUCAUGAGUGUUGUUUUGAGACGAAAGCUGCAGCAGUCGUUGAAUGUGUCUGUUCCGCCAAACUUCACUUGGAAUCAUCCUACCGUGCGGCACUUGGUCGAGUGGUUUUCCCAGAAGCUCGGUGGCAAUGCGUGAUCUUUAUACUGGAUCUCGUAUUAGGAUUAUGUGUAU